UGAUCCCCGAGGUGAGCGCAGGACAGGCUCUUAAUGAAAACUCAGGCAGGCGGUGCUUCUUUCAUCCCUGCCUCUUCCCUCCCUAGCUUGUUACUGGAUGAGGGAGGGGCGCGGGGAGCCAGCGGAUGUCACAGAACCUCCGUAGCAGGGCCAGCCUUUGAUUUUCGUAAGGUUUAUUUCUGCUCUUGCUGGGAGCGGGAAAGACCGAAGGUACCAAUUGGCAGAAAGGCUGCGCAGCCUGUCGCCUCAGCCAGUUGCGCACAGGAGCGCGCACUCAGCUUAGCUCUCGGUGCCAACAGUCGCCCUGCGGGACCAGGAGGACUGCACUGAGAACGGCGCUCCAGUUCCAGCAAGGAGGUGGGCUGCCACCCAUCCGGUUGAGGGCGCCCAGGCUCGGAGAGCAAGCUGUGAUUUUUCGGCCAGACCCGAUAGGCACAGAGGGGGACGCAGUUGAGUCCUCACUGUCCCUCCCGUACUGCAGAAACUCUGCCCGCCAGUGGGAACCCCGAGGGAGGCUCGCCCUGCAGAGGACCUGGGAGAAGGCAGUCUCAGCGCCAGCGCGGCAGGGAGGUGUGGGAAGCUCUGCGACUCUCUCCGCUCUCCAAGGUGUGUACCACAGGGCUCUGGGAGCUCGGCUGGAAGAGACUCAGAGCAACAGGUGCGACCCCAAAGCCCUGCUGGAGCGAGGGGACACGGCCGGCAAGGGAUUAAAACCAGCAAGGCGCAGAAGAUUCUCCACCUGCGGGUCGCCUGGACGAGUCCCACCCGCCCAGCUCGCGGACUGCUAGCAACCCGAGUCGAGUCGCCCAGACCGGUACCUCCGGUGUUCUGGAGCCUGCCGCCCACGCAUGGGAAGGCUCAACUCCGUACUUGCAGCACCGCCCCCUCUUUAGCCAGGCCGGGCACAGAGGACAUUUCUACCACGCACGGCCUGGGGCGCUGCCCCCUGUUCUCUUGUCGGGUGCCGGAGAUUUCUAGCUGGAGACAUCCACUCUCGCUGCUCUGUUCUGGAUCACUCAGUGAUCCUCGGCUACCCCUCCAGCCAGCUUUCUCUGCCUGGCGCUCCUUCCCAGCACGAUCCGUUGCGUAGACACCCAAGGGGUGUUCCAGUAAGUGAUGGAGCUGGCUGCAUUGAACCUCAGCGAGGGGAACGGGAGCGAUCCAGAGCCUCCCACCGCGGAGUCCAGGCUGCUGUUAGGUAUCGGCGUGGAGAACUUCAUCACGCUGGUGGUGUUUGGCCUGAUUUUCGCGAUGGGCGUGCUGGGCAACAGCCUGGUGAUCACUGUGCUGGCGCGCAGCAAACCGGGUAAGCCGCGCAGCACCACCAACCUGUUCAUCCUCAACCUGAGCAUCGCAGACCUGGCCUACCUGCUCUUUUGCAUCCCCUUCCAGGCCACCGUGUACGCACUGCCCACCUGGGUGCUGGGCGCCUUCAUCUGCAAGUUUACACACUACUUCUUCACUGUGUCCAUGCUCGUGAGCAUCUUCACCUUGGCCGCGAUGUCUGUGGACCGCUACGUGGCCAUUGUGCACUCGCGGCGCUCCUCCUCCCUCAGGGUGUCCCGCAAUGCGCUGCUGGGCGUGGGCUUCAUCUGGGCGCUGUCCAUUGCCAUGGCCUCGCCAGUGGCCUACCACCAGCGCCUCUUCUAUCGGGACAACAACCAGACCUUCUGCUGGGAGCACUGGCCCAACCAGCUCCACAAGAAGGCUUACACGGUGUGCACUUUCAUCUUUGGCUACCUGCUGCCCUUACUUCUCAUCUGCUUUUGCUAUGCUAAGGUCCUUAAUCAUCUGCAUAAGAAGUUGAAGAACAUGUCAAAAAAGUCAGAAGCAUCCAAGAAAAAGACCGCACAGACAGUCCUGGUGGUGGUUGUGGUUUUUGGCAUAUCCUGGUUGCCCCAUCACGUCGUCCACCUCUGGGCUGAGUUCGGAGCGUUCCCGCUGACCCAAGCUUCCUUCUUCUUCAGGAUCACUGCCCACUGCCUGGCAUACAGCAACUCCUCCGUGAACCCCAUCAUAUAUGCCUUUCUCUCGGAAAACUUCCGGAAGGCAUACAAGCAAGUGUUCAAGUGCCAUAUUCGCAAGGAAUCACUCCCCAGUGAUACCAAAGAAAACAGGAGCCGAGCAGACACCCCGCCAUCCACCAACUGCACCCACGUGUGAAGGUUCACUGGGGCCUCCUGUCCCCCAGCUCCCAUGGGGGUUAGAGAGAAGAGGAUACAGUGAACUACCAUGAAACAUGGCAGCUUGUUCUCCUGACAACAAUCCAUAUCAUUCUAACUACAUUCCACGGCUGUUAAAGUACUGUGUUUAGGAACUCCUGGGUCCACCAAAGAUUGUUUUCCAAUUUUGCUUCAUUUUAUAAUUGUAUUUCUGAAACAAAAGAAAAUUCUGUACAGUUUGUGUCUUUCAAGGAGUGAGAGUCCAAUAGCAUUCUACAAAUAUGUUCAGAUUUCCAUGGAAUAAGGCCAGUUCUGUAAAACAGUGAAGAAAAAUCUACAUUUUGAAGGCAGUUAAUUUAGGGGAAAAGUUCUUUUUUUUUCCCUUUAGUUUUGAGAGGAGAGCCAAUAUUCUAGGCUGUGUGUUUUGAAAUACACUUGUGGUGCAGAAUAGUGGAUUUUGUUCCAUUGAACCUUCAUGGACAGGCACCUCUUCUAAGUGGGGUGGAGGGGGGUGGCUUUUCAAGUCUGUUCUUAUGGGUAGCCAGAGGUCUGUCUGGGAACAUGAGACCCAUCAAGUUCAUCUCAGGAGAUCAGCAGUGCCUCUACUUUGAAACAGUCCUGUGAACUGAGAAGUUUAGGGUGAAUUAAGCAAUGCCGAGGGACUCUGCUGAGGACCACCGAUCUGGAAGAGGCACCAGAGGGUGAGUCCUGACAAAGGAAACUCUGUGUUGUGAGUGAAAACAAAGAAUCAUUUGGGAGAAUAUGUACGCCUAGAGAAAUGCUGUCUUGCACAGACAUACUUUUUUCAUUAAACUUGUCCCAACAAAUAUUUAAUGCUCAUUUUCCCCAAGCAUUAUUCCCUGGGGUAAUGUUAAUUUAGAGUCAGAAUCCUUACCACUUGUCUUACAAGUGUAUUUUUUCAUGACAAUUUCAUAUUUAUUUAUACUUGCCAUAGGAAAAUGCUGUGAAAAUAUUACAUUGUCAUAUCUCAGAAAAAUAGUGAUUAGAUUUAAGACUCUGAUAUAUUUUAGGAGGUAGGAAACAAAAGCAAGACACUUUUUUUUUAAUCCAGAAAGAACAUUGUAUGUGUGCCAGAUCAGAGCUUCCUAUGAAGCGUGUAAUUUAGGUUAAAAAACAAACGUAAUGUAAGCUUUUGGCUUGUUAACUUUUCCAGCUCAUCUAUUUAUUUUCAUGACUUUCUGCCUGUAAACGAUGUUUACAUUUGCAAAGGCCUAAGUCAUUCUCUGGACGGAAAAAGGAAAACUCUUAAAAUCAUGGGAAAUGAUGACUUUUCAAUGGUUGCCAGGGAAGGGCGUGCAUACUGCAGUAGAAGGAAGAGAUCUGCUAGUGACUGGAGUCAGUGUUGGUCCUGGACCUUCAGGGGGACUCAAGGAAUCGGGCUCCUGGAAUUGCUCAGGAUCUGUGGACAAACCCUUGCUGAACUGUUCGGGAAACCCCAGGUGGGUCCCAGGGCUUGCUUCUGGGGGUUUCUGCACUUCUGGGGAGUUCUCCAGGGGAGGACAGUGAGGAUGAGAUUGUCGGCCAAGCAGCUUCCCCUUCCUCUUUCUAUAUAGGUGACUUCAGGUUCAGCUGACCACAGACAGCUGUGAACUACUUCCUCGAAAAGCGAACAGUGAACACAGAGCAUGCACUGCUGCUGGCCUAUGUGAAUUUUUCUCAUCCUUCCUCACUCGCUGCCUCUCAAACGCCCCUUUUAUCCCCCUCUCCUGCUCUUUCCUUAGCUUCAGCCAUAGUGGCACACUUGGGGAGAUUCUGUCGGUGAGGAGGGAUAGCCAGAGCUGGGCCAUGCUUCCUAUACUCUCAUUGUUUGCUUUGGACUUAGGAUUCCUCUUGGCUCUCCCAACAAUAAUGACUCUUUAAACAGCUAGGUGUGAGAGGUGCAGGCUUCAGCGGCAAACUGUUUCCAUAACGGAUCAAAGGUGGCUAAUCAGUUCUUACCACAGUCAGACUGCACAAGAUCAGGCCAGACGCGACGGACAUGACACCCCUCUGGUGGCGAUCUAGGCCUCGAGAGUGCCACACCUCUGAGAACUUACUUCUGAUGUGUUAGGUGUGUGUUGUUACUUCUGAAAGGCCCUGACUCAGUGGCAGAGGUGUGCAAGCAGAAGGGGAGCCAUCUCAGCUCCGGAGCUGGCCUCCCAGAUCAGUAUCAUUAGGGUCUCUUGGGUAAGUUCCACCACACUGUGCUCUGGAGACCCCUGAACUCCCUGCCCUUCACCAGAUCCUCCUCUAUGAGAACACCCUAGCUGGUGACUGAGUUUCCACAGCCGCAGUCAUAUCCUUCCUGGCAUGCUGCAAGACAAGAUGAGCUGUAGGUGCCUCAGACCCAGGGGACAGCUGGCGACCUUGAGGAACCAGGGCGAUCUUGUUACGGAACUUGUCACCUUGGGUGUUUCUGAUGAAGGAAGGAUGCCGAUUACAAACAGCCGAGGUUCAAGAAGGUAGAGCUGGGAGGGGCUUCACCUAACUAGACCGGAAGGAAUCACCGUGAACAAAAGGUGAUUGGACAGCACUGUGAAAGCCACCCAGCGCUGCCUAUGAGAAAGUCUGUGUGACUGAAAGCCAGCAGGGUUUUUUUUAAUCUUUUUUUUUUGCUCCCAAAGGAUGCAAUGGUUAUAUGGAUGUAGCCAAGAAACCAGCUUCCACGAGCAAACUCAAGGGCAGGCAGCAGCAUACAAGCUUCUCGGGUGUCUGUGCUCUGGGUCUCUCAGCUUCUCAGCCAGCGAGGAACCGGUUCUUUACGUGUGUGAGGGGAGUAAACAGUCCAGGUUUCAGAUAUUUUUUACACAGAGCUAGCGUGGAUAAAAGAUUAAAGGCAAUAGCUCCAGAAAUGAAGGCUAACUAUAACACAGAUGUAUUCAGAAGCUGUACAUGGGGGUUUGCAAGUGCUAUUUUCCAUGUUUUAACUUUCUGGUGACUAACUUUCUUAAGUUCUCACAUCAUGGGGAGACUGGGAAGCUGACAGAGAGAGCAGGCAUCCAGUUCUGUGUCUGUUGCUUACCAUCGCUGCAUUUCUCAAGUUCUGUCUGCCUGAGCCCCAGGGCCAUGAGCACUGCAGGGAGGAGCAUGGCUGGGAGGACUUUCUUAGGGUCUAAAUUCUUUUGGCAAGUUAUUCUUGGGGAUACCGAGUUAGAGAUCCUCAUCUGUAGUGGAAGGUUCUGGAAAAGAGUCUCAAACUUGGAAUGAUGUGGGAAGUUCAGAGAGCCCUGUUCUUCCUUCUCUGGGAGCAGAGGGCCUGAGGUUUAAUGGAGGAGCCGAGGGACUCAGGAUGUGGUCAUCCCUCCAGCCUUAGCCUGUGGGUUGGUGGUAGCCAGGAUGAGUGCAUCUACAGCAUUGGCUGCGGUGUCGUCCAUGCUGGUGAUCCCAAGUCACAGGUCAAGAGCUGCCACCCAGCUUCUAGAUCAGAGGGUAAAGAACCCAGGCACUGGGGUGUCUGAUAUAAGGCUUCCAUGUGUCCAGGGUUUAGAAAACUACUCACAAUGAUUGAUGGGCCUGGAAGGCCCAACUUAAUGCCUCUAGGGGAAAAUAAAGUUGACAUGGAAUUUAAAUCGCUUCAAAUUUCUACUGUUCAACUACUGGUAUUGAGGUAAUCCCAGAAACACAGGUUUUCAGAGCCUUGGGGGCUGUAGAGAUUUUGACAGUUCUUCUCAAAAGAAGGAUUUCAUGGCAAGGGCAUGUCAAUUCCCUCCCCCGCGGGGCCCCCCCCCCCCCGCAUCCUAACACAAAAGUUUAAAACAAUAUUCACAAUUGUUACAUAAGAAGUUUUGAAGUCAGUGUUUCAACUCACUGUUAAUUAAAUAUGUGCAUGUCUUUGCCUAUAUUAUUAUCUCCAAGAGAUAAACAUAAUAUUGCCUGUGGUUCUCUGUAGUUAAAGCUUUUGGUUAAAUGGGGAAAGUAAAGAAAAAAAUCUAUGUAUGCUAUAAUUUGACUUUUACUAAUGAUAUUGCUUAAAUGCUGCUAUUAAACACUGGUGUGAGUUGCCUGGUGCCUGAUGCUGUUGUCCUUGUUCCUUAAGGAGCUGUCAAUCAAAUGUAUCUCAUAAUGACAACUCUAGCAUGAAUGCCAUUAAACUUACAAAGCAAAACCACCAAAAAUUCAGAGUCUGUAUCCCUGCACUUAAGCCAAAUAAGCCCUUCUGAGGUCUCCCCACCCUCAUGUUCUGCAUGGAAUCUACACUUUGUGAUUUGAACUGAUUUUCUUAAGUGAAAAUAAAAUUUGUUCUUUGAAAUGUCCUGA